AUGUCCACGGAGAACAAGGAUACCAAAGGCCAAGAGGCGGGGACAGCAACCAUUGAACAUCAAAUACAUGGUGCAGUUGUGGACUGUGACGAUACUACCAUGGAAAUGGGCCUGCCAUCUCCCCAUCAGGAUGCUGGCACACACAGUAGGUCCAGCGUCAUGCGCUCUUCUCUUGACGCUUCGGCUGCGUCGAAUCAAGUUGAUCUUGUACAUUGCAUUUUCACAAGAACCUCCACUGACAGGCCUCAGCUGCUCUGUCCAUUGACCAAACAACCUCUUAAGGAUCCAGUGGUGAAUCCCACCAAUGGGGUAUCUUAUGAAAGAAGUGCCAUUAUCUGUGAUGAAGACAUUGGCCUGUACCCUCCCAAUAGAGCACUCAAGGACUACUUGCAGGCCAUGCAGGGGCUACAGGAAGAUUCUGCUGUGGAUUCAACUAACACCGAUGAUUCCAAGAAGGCAAGGACAACCAAAGAUCUUUUUGCUUACUUUGUCUGCCCCAUAACUCAAGUGCUCCUUCAGGAACCUGUCAUUGACCAUGAAGGAAACACAUAUGAGCGUGGUGCCAUAUUUGACUGGGUUCAGGAGCAUGGUGUCUCUCCCAUCACCCGGAAUUCAUUAUCCAUUGAGCAGCUUUGUGACAACACCACCAUCUUUGAGGUGAUCAUUCAAGAAAGGCUGCUACUCCAACAGCAUGGAAUAGGAAAUGAUGAACUCCAAGAUUUCAAAAUGGCAGUGUCCAUGUGCACACCUGGUGACACUGGAUUUGCUGCUGCUGCCUAUUACAGCUCUAUAUUUUUGGAGGACCUACCGGUACGGGUACAGCCAAAUAGGCAGCAGCCACAGGAAUUGGAAACAACACCACCACCCAAUAAUGCCAACAACAAUGCACGAUUGAUUCAACCUCCAUUGGUCUGUGUCCUUGCUUGGGUGGUUGCAACCUGGUUGUCGAUUUAUCUUGUUGCAAAGUUGUUUUUUGGCGUCGUCUUAGUGGAUUUCUGA